GGAAGAUGGAAUUUACUGCGCCAAUUGUUUCUCCUGCUGUAACACUAUUUGGCAGCGGAAGAAGAGGGGAAGGUUUUUGGCCAUAGAAUCGGUGUUGCCAUCAAACGGAGACUGGCUUGGCACAGGGGACAAACGGGAGACGAAAAUAUCCUUCAUAUCUUGCUAUAAUUUCACAAUAAAGCGGGUCUUCGCAGAGACCUGACGUGACCGUCAUCCCUGAACAGAGCCAUCCGCCUGCUCCGAAGUCAGUCCUUAACCAUCAUUGGGCAAUCUGGGUUGAAUAUUAUAAUCCGUCCCUAUCCCUUUUUUCAGCUUUCACUGGGUAUCAUAGAUAGACACUUUACUUUUUAACUCCCUCCCUCCCACUGGGCAAAAAAAUGGUUGAAUAAAAGUUGUUUCCUCAUCAUUUCAACCCCCAAAAAACAAUAUGUUGACGUUGAAUCAACGUGGAGAAAUAAUUGGAUUUGCAAAAAAGUCAUCAACAUAAGGGCAUUUCGUAAUUUUUUCACCCAACUUUGAACCUAAAUCCAAUGACAUGGUGACAUUUUUUGUUGAUUUCAUGUUCGUUGACAACUCAACCAAAUGCAAAUCAAAACUAGAUGUUGAACUGACGUCUGUGCCCAGUGGGCAGUUUCCAUUUUCUGAAUUGGUUGCCAUAUAGAUUUUCACUUUCUCACUUCCUCUGACUGGACCCACUGGAUUCUAUUAAGAUUUAUUCCCUGGCUGUUGUCCAUCUCUCUGGGCUAUAACAUAAAUCAUUAAUGUUUUCAUUACGUUCAUAUUUUUAGACCCCAGACUUGGUACCAUAGAUAUUUUCACCCUAGUCUGGCAGCUAGGCUGCUCCCCUAUAUGCUGAUGAAUGAAGACCCCAUUCAGGAAGAGCGCGCCGGGCCAGAGAUCCAGAGCUGAUGCAGGGCACUCAGGUGUUUCUGCAAAUAUGAAGAAAAAGAACUCCCACAAGAAACAAAAGAACAGCCCCAACAAGGCAGUGUCGUCGGCGCCGCGGCGGAACAUCGUGGGCUGUCGUAUCCAGCACAUCUGGAAGGAGGGGAGCGCUACAUCUCAGUCGCAGUGGAAAGGCACGGUGCUGGACCAGGUGCCCGUCAACCCCUCGCUCUACCUCAUCAAGUACGACGGCUUCGACUGUGUCUAUGGACUGGAGCUGCAUAAAGAUGAGAGGGUACAGGGCCUCGAGGUGCUCCCUGACCGUCAAUCCUCUACGCGCAUCAGCGACGUCAACCUGGCUGACACGAUGAUAGGGAAGGCAGUGGAGCACAUGUUUGAGACGGAGGACGGAACUAAAGACGAGUGGAGGGGCAUGGUUCUGGCCCGGGCACCCAUCAUGAAUACCUGGUUCUUUAUCACCUACGAGAAAGACCCCGUCCUGUACAUGUACCAGCUCCUAGACGACUACAAGGAGGGAGACCUGAGGAUCAUGCCUGACUCAAAUGACUCUACGCCGGCGGAGCGGGAGCCGGGGGAGGUGGUGGACAGUCUGGUGGGGAAACAGGUUGAGUACGCUAAAGAGGACGGCUCCAAACGAACUGGCAUGGUCAUCCACCAGGUGGAGGCCAAACCCUCCGUCUACUUCAUCAAGUUCGACGAUGACUUCCACAUCUACGUCUACGACCUGGUCAAGACCUCCUAAGGGCCACCUUUGACCUCUGACCCCCUUUUCACACUACUGAGCCGAAUCGAGCAGUGAUGGUCUGUUUACGUGUCUAUUCGCCAUUGCUGAAAAGGACUAUGUGGGGGGAAAAUAUUUCAUAGCGAGCCAGUAUAGCCUGGUUCGGGUCAGCACGGUAGUGUGAAAAGGCUACUAGGUCGCUGGGCCCAGAGGACAGGAGGCCUGUCUGGGGAGUUAACGAUGGAUGCGGAGGUUGUGGGGAAACUCUACCAUGCAGGAAAGACGAUCAACCACCACCAUCACCACAUGGAACCUUAUCUUAUCCACCAAUUUUCCCAAAAUAUCUCUUCAACGUUUCGUGCAAAUGCUUCUUUGAGAUGUGACAGACAGACAGCUGGAUUGGAUAUUUCACUGAAGCCUUUGGAUUUCUACUCAUGAAACAUCUCUGAUAGCUCUAGUCAGAGAAGGAAAAAUGGGGCACUGUGCAUCUGAAUUAGCUGCCACAAUUUGUUUCGUCCACUGUCUAUCCCCUGUAGUUGAGUGAUCCUAUGGAUACAUCCCAUCAAUCUCUAAGGGAAGGGACAGGGACAAGAUAUCAAGCCUUAUAUUUGCACACUGCAUAUAAAGUUGGUUGGCAUCUCAUUCAAUGUUUUUCAGUGAUUUGAUGACCAAGCCAGUCAUAGCAAUGUAUCUCCUAUAUAUGUGUGAGUGUAUGAGCUCUUGUGUUCAUUUCUUUUUGUACAUGCAGUUCUGGAGUCCCCAUAUCUUAGUGGUCAGUAACUACAGUACUUGGGUUUGUUUCAGUCUCGUAGAAUCAUUCAAACCCUGACUAUGAUUACAUUUGUUUCUUUGUGAUGUUGAAAGAUAUGCAACAACAUAUGCAGUGAGCAAAGAAAUGUGUGGAAGUUACGAGAGGGAGGUGACCAGUGUUUUAAAAGGAGGCUUUGGGAUUUUUGGCAAUGAGGCCCCUCAUUUACUUCCCCAGAGUCAGAUGAAGUCGUGGAUACAAUGUGUAUGUCUCUGCGUGCAGUUUGAAGGAAGUUGCUAACUAGCGCUAAUGCUAUCGCUAACUAGCGUUAGCAUAAUGACUGAACGUCGUUGCCAAAAUCCCAAGGUAUCCCUUUGAUUCAAACGUUUUAUUUUUUUUCCAAAAACUUGUUUACUUUAUACUGUAUUUAAUGUAUAUUCAUAGAAAAUAAUAGUUUGAUACAGAUUUAGUUCUAUCACAGCACUAAUUCCAAAAAAUCUUCUUACAUAGAGGAUUUAAGAGCACUUGUUUGUUUCAGUUUUUUUUGUCUGAAAGGACAAUUAUAUUUUGAUCAUCUCAACAACACUAUUCAAAAAUGGUUAACCAGUGAGAGCGUUAAUCUGUUGUCCUGAGAAAGAUUUUGUUUAAUAUGCCUUGCCAAAUCCCUCGACACUUAUAAUUCAUUAUUCAUUCAUAACAACAGCAAUAAUUAUUCAGAUAAUAAUUGUUUAUUGUUGUUCCUGUAUUCAUAUGUUUACAACAGUUUGUUUUGUUGGGAAAAUCUAUUUUCAUAACUUUUUUACUUAAUCAUCACAUUCUUCUUGACCUCUGUGUUCAACACACUUUCUGUUUAAUUGUUAUAGUAACAUUUUAGUAAACUUUUUUCUCUUGCCUUUUAAAAGCUGAAGACGGUAUGGUAAAAGCACUGCAAAGUAAGACGAUUAUUUAGAAGUGAGAAUUCCAUACCAGCUCCUGAAAAGUGUUCUAAAUUCAGCAGUAACAGUACUAGAGUGAUUUUGAAAACAUUUUCACACAACUGUUAAUACACAAGAAUGAUUCAAAACGUUAAAUGCAACACCCACUUUAUGGAGUGCAUGAAAUAUUAUACAUGAGGAAAAGGUUACUCGCCCUGAAAGAGAUUUUUAUUUGCUGUGUGUGUGUGUAACCAAACUACAUGUUCCACCAGAUUACCUCUUAGUAUGCUCCUUUAGGGACGUUACCCCUGUUGUCAGAGAAACAGUGGGCAACUAAGUGGUCUAGAACCUCUAAGAUACAGAUGUUAGUUAAUUAGUUAGUAACGUAAACGUUCCAUGUGACUGUAACUCCCAACACUCCACCCUUUACUGCUUUCUCCAUGCCCUCCAUGACACUGAAGCAGUGUAUGUUCAGAUGCAGUCUCCGAAGAGGGGUAGUACUGUCCUUUACAGUAUUCUGCGUAGUAACAGAACAGAUGAGCUGUUGUGACUGAUUUUGAGAUGAAGUCCCUCUGUUAGAGGAGUAGCUAAUGCUUACUCUAGGUUAUACACAAACUAUGACUGAAUGGUAGCUUUAGGGAUGGAUAGAACAACAUGAGAGUAUGUAUAUCGGUUAUAAUAAAGAUUAUAAUUUUAAGACCGCAUACAGCAUAAAGCCCCUUUAUACCAGAAAAGCUACACACAAGUAAAUAUCUUCUAUUAACCUGUUGUAUUCCAAGCCGCAAACUGAUUUGUGUUUUAUGCAAGAUGUUUCCUUCAGAAAACAAUUGAAAGGGUUUGAUGAAUUGGCCUUUCACACUUGCGUACUGUAGUGUUGUACUGUGUUUGAUGUCAGUUCAUUGUGGGAUAGAAAAAAAAUACCAUUUGUUUUGCAUGAGUAGCGAAAACAGAACUGUAAGUGGUAGUUAGUGUGAAAAGUGAGAUGCAUGUGUGUAUCUCUCAUUUUUUAAAAGUUUUUCUAUGUUCAAUGUGUUUCUUAUUGUGGCAUUCCCUUUCAUUCCCUUUUCUUUGCAUUUCUAAAGAAAAACAGUCAUUUUUCAAGAGUAUUUUUUACCCUGCUGUAUGUGUUGUAUGUGGUGACAACAGAAUGGCCACAGGGUGGUGGUGUUACACAGUAUUUGAGGGAUUAUGUCUUUCACAUACAAAACUGAUGUUGUCCACAAUAAUUAUUUAUAUGUAUCUCUUUUGAGUGCCACAAGGAAAAUAUGAACUCAAAGAAAAAGGCCUUAUGAAAUUGGUAGGGGUGGGGAAAUGUUUAUAUAUAAAUAUAGUAUCUAUAUAUAUGGUGUGUAAGUGUAUGCAUGUGUGUGGAUGUAUAAGGUAGGUAGCACAUCUUAGUUACAUAUCCAAGGAAUAAAUUAUGUACAUAGACAUUUUUUUGAAAAAUACACUACAAAAGUAUGUGGACACCCCUUCAAAUUAGUGGAUUCAGCUAUUUAAUCCACACAGGUUGCUGACAGGUGUAUAGAAUAGAGCCCAAAGCAAUGCAAUCUCCAUAGACAAACAUUGGCAGUAGAAUGGCCCAUACUGAAGAGCUCAGUGACUUUAAAUGUGUUACUACAUUUCUAAGUCAGUUUGUCAAAUUCUGGCCAUGCAAGAGCUGCCCCGGUCAACUGUAAGUGCUGUUGUUGUGAAUUGGAAACGUUUAGGAGCAACAACGGCUCAGCCGUGAAGUGGUAGGCCAGACAAGCUCACAGAGUGGGACUGCCGAGUGCUGAUGCGCAUAAAAAAACGUCUGUCCUCGGUUGCAACACUCACUACCAAGUUCCAAACUGCCUCUGGAAGCAAGGUCAACACAAUAACUGUUUGUUAGAAGCUUCAUGAAAUGGAUUUCCAUGGCUGAGCAGCGUCACACAAGCCUAAGAUAACCAUGCGCAAUGCCAAGCGUUGGCUGGAGUGGUGUAAAGCUUGCCGCCAUUGGUCUCAGUGGAAACGCAUUCUCUGUAGAAACUAAUCACUCUUCACCAUCUGGCAGUCUGACGGAGAAACCUGGCAACCUGGCAACGCAACCUGCCCGAAUGCAUAGUGCCAACUGUAAAGUUUGGUGGAUGGGGAAUAAUGGUCAUGGUUUGGGCUAGGCCCAUUAGUUCCAGUAAAGGGACAUCUUAAUGGUACAGCAUUCAAUGACAUUGUAGAUGAUGCUGUGCUUCCAACUUUGUGGCAACAGUUUGGGGAAGGCCCUUUCCUGUACCAGCAUGGCAAUGCCCCCGUGCACAAAGCGAGGUUCAUACAGAAAUGGUUUGUCGAGAUCCGUGUGGAAGAACUUGACUGGCCUGCACAGAGCCCUGACCUCAACCCUAAUGAACACCUUUGGGAUGAAUUGGAACGCCGACUACGACCGCACUAAUGUUCUUGUGGCUGAAUGGAAGCAAGUCCCUACAGCAAUGCAACGUCUAGUGGAAAGCCUUCCCAGAAGAGUGGAGGCUGUUAUAGGACCAACUUCAUAUUAAUGCCCAUGAUUUUUGAAUGAGAUGUUCGAUGAGCAGGUGUCCACAUACUUUCUGGCAUGUAGUGAAUACACUGAACAAAAAAUAUAAACGCAACAUGCAACAAUUUAAAAGCUUUUACUGAGUUACUGUUCAUGUAAGGAAACCAGUCAAUAUGAAUACAUUCAUUAGGCCCUAAUCUAUGGAUUUCACAUGACUGGGUAGGGGCACAGCCAUGGGAGGGCAUAGGCCCACCAACUGGGGAGCCAGGGCCCAGCCAAUCAGAUUUUUUUUCCCCCACAAAGGGACUUUUUUUAGAGACAGAAAUACUCCUCAGACGAUCCGACAAGAACAAGCCUGAUGUGGAGGUCCUGGGCUGGUGUGGUUACACAUAGUCUGCGGUUGUGAGGCAGGUUGAAUAUACUGCCAAAUUUUCUAAAAAGACAGUGGUAGAGCAAUGGACAUUACAUUUUCUGGCAGCAGCUCUGGUGGACAUACCUGCAGUUAGCUUACCAAUUGCACGCCACCUUAAACUUGAGACAUUUGUGGCAUUGUGUUGUGUGACAAAACUGCACAUUUUAGAGUGGACUUUUAUUGUCCCCAGCACAAGGUGCACCUGUGUAAUGAUAAUUCUGUUUAAUCAGCUUCUUGAAAUGCCACACCUGUCAGGUGGAUGGAUUAACUUGGCAAAUGAGAAAUGCUCAGUAACAGGGAUGUAAACAAAUUUGUGCACACAAUUUUAUAGGAAUACGCUUUUUUGUGCGUAUAGAACAUUUCUGGGAUCUUUUAUUUCAGCUCAUGAAACAUGGGAUCAACACUUUACAUGUUGCGUUAUAUUUUUGUUCAAUAUAUAUAAUUAGGGUUUUCAUCUCUCAGUUACACUUAAUUGUGUUUAAAAAAAAUAAAAACGAUAUGAUUUAAAUGGC